CCCUGCACCCCGCGCCGCCCCGCGCCCCAGCCCGGGCCCGGCCCCGCGGCCUCAGUCCUGCUCGGAGGGUCCUCCCGCCCAACGUCCUCAGCUCCGCCCCGCGCGGGGUGGGCCUAGCGGAGGGCGGGCCCCAGCCGUGGCGUUGGCGGAAGGGCCCUCACCUUUCCGCGUCCCCCCUGGGCGGCGGCGGGCGGGAGGGGCCAGUGGCGGGGCCGGUGGUCGGCAUGUCUGGGGAACCCGGGGGGCGCGGCCAGGGCCCGGAGCAGCAGCAGCAGCAGCAGCACGUCGGCUGCCAAGUGUUCCCCGAGCGGCAGGCCCGCGGGCACCCCCCGCCAGGGUUCCUCUCCAGCUUCUUCUCCAACCACCAGAAGUGCCAGCUCAUGCUCCUGCAGACGCUGCGGACAAAUCCAUACGUCAAACUUCUCCUUGAUGCCAUGAAACACACUGGAUGUGAAGUGAACAGAGAAAGGCACUUUUCAUGUGAAGACUGUAAUGGAAAUGUCAGUGGAGGUUUUGAUGCUUCAACUUCUCAGAUUGUUUUGUGCCAGAAUAAUAUCGGGAGUCAGGCUCACAUGAACAGAGUGGUGACCCACGAGCUCAUUCAUGCCUUUGAUCACUGUCGUGCCCACGUUGACUGGUUUACCAACGUCAGACAUUUGGCCUGCUCAGAGGUUCGAGCCGCCAACCUCAGUGGAGACUGUUCACUUAUUAAUGAAAUAUUCAGAUUACGUUUUGGAUUAAAACAACACCACCAGACGUGUGUGCGAGACCGAGCCAUCCUUUCUAUUCUGGCUGUUAGAAACGUUAGCAGAGAAGUAGCUCAGAAGGCUGUGGAUGAAGUUUUUGAAUCUUGUUUCAAUGACCACGAACCUUUUGGAAGGAUUCCGCAUAACAAAACUUAUGCAAGAUAUGCUCAUAGGGACUUUCAAAACCGUGAUCGAUAUUACUCAAAUAUAUGAAGACAGUGAUAUUUAUUUUACAGAAGUUCAAUGAUUAUGAAGAAAAUAUGGUCGUAAAGCGGAUAAAUAUAUAAAGUUUGAACAAAUGCAGCUGGAACAGAAGAUAGUGAUUCUAGCAUCAGAAACGGUAACUGAUAAGAGAAAAUGAAAUGGCCUUAAACUCCAAGGCAAAAAUGUAUCUUUGUAGCUAACUCUGAUGAAUUAGGCAAAUAAAUUACAUUUUUUUGGGUAUUUUCUA